CCUUUUUUUUUCUAUUAUUCUUUUGAACCUUUGAAGGUUUAUAUUGUAUUUUUUUUUAUUUUUUAAUUUAUAUAUCAAUUUUGUAUUAUAUAUAUAACAUCAUGGUUGUUCCUCUUGCUUCCAUUUCAACAUCAUCCACAUCAUCCACAGGCUCUCCUACACUUGACUUUUAUCAUAGUCCUGAACCAGCUUUAUCAUUUAUGGUGAAAAAGAUAGAUGGAUUAUUGGAUUGCUCAAGUAAACCAUCACAUCAUCAUCGGUUACCAUCAUUACAAAGCUUUGUUCGCCAAGUAUAUGUGAAAUGUCGAUUAUCACCUUCCAUUUUGGUCAUUGCCUUGAUUUACAUUCAUCGAUUACAACAACAAUUACCUUUGGAUUCAAAAGGUGAUUAUGAUACUCCUCAUAAGGUCUUUUUGGCUGCUGUCUUGUUGGCUUGCAAAUAUAAUGAAGAUUCUAAAAGUCUUGCUCAAGCUAUUUAUCGUUGUGUCUCUGUUGUUUAUACCAAUCUCGACCUCAAUGAAAUGGAACGUAGCUUUUUGGGUGUUGUCAAGUUCGAUCUUUUUGUUGAUAUGAAACAAGUAACUCGUUUUAUUGAAGAACAUCCUACACUUGAAUUGAAUUGGGAGGAUUAAUCUCAUCUUUUUUUUUUUAUCCUCUAAGAGUGGAUUCUCUUUUUAUCUUUGUUUUAUCUAUCUUUAUGUUUAUCUACCCUUUCCUUUCUUUCUAUCUACUUUUUCUUUUUUUAUUUAAGCAUGAUCAUCAUCCAAGUCACCGCCAACUCCAUCUCUUUUUAUUGUUCUAUAUUAUUUUAUGCUCUUUUUUUUUCCUUUCUUGUAUGAUACCCUUUUUAUUAUUUUUAUUUCCAAUCAAAACAAUAUGAGAAGCAGCUCAGUUUUUAUCUAUCUCUCCCCUCCAAAAAAAAAAAGAUAACAAGAACUAUGUACAUAAUCCAGAAUUGCCCCUCAUUUCUCUCUCUCUCUCUCUCUCUAUUAUAUAUAUAUAUCUUCUAUAAUAAAUAGUUUUCAUUUUUA